CAAAUUUAACUUGACACUCCCUUUUUAGUUUACUUUUAGCGACAUAAUGAAAACCUAUAAUUACCAAUUGAAUGCAAUUAAUUGGUUAGCAUAAUCAUCCCAAAUUGGCAGUUAACAUGCGAAUGCUGAGUAUAUAAAAAUUGAUUCAGACAAGUAUAUGGAAAAUGUGCUUCAAUUGGUUAGUUCUUUAUCUUUUUGGAAUGACUGUGCUGUGCCAUGGCAAAUCCACAUAUGACGUCAGACUUGAAUCAUUUGUGGGACUUGAAGGCGAAGAGAAAACUUUGGUCAACUAUACGGGUAUUAAGUUAGUUGGACGUGAACGCUUUUUAAAUGGAUCGACCCAUUUUGCCAUUGACUUAAUCGAUGAUGUGAAAAUUUCAUGUAAAUUGUUUACACUUGAAGUUGGCAUUUGGGUUCCAAUGGUCUACGGUAUAAGUCAAAUUACCCCCUGCGAGCUAAGCAUAGCCUAUUUCCUCAACUAUAUCAAUCCGGAUAACUUGAAUACAAACUAUCCGAAAGAUGCCACAGCUUAUUGCCCUCUGCCCAAAGGUGAAUAUUGGAUUAUUGAUGAUUGGGUGUCAUUUAUGAAGCGUGGCCUCGUUAAAUUACAUAUGGAGUAUUGGUUGUAUGGAAAAGGCAUCGGUGGUUUUGAAAUAGUGGCAAAUGUAUAUGAUCGAAUAUUUUAAAUGUCACUUUUUGGGCUUAUUUACACUGUGAUAGUUUUGAAAAA